GAAAUUCCCAAUUCACAGUAUCGCGCCGUCCUGCUUCUGUGUUUACGCAUGCGUGUGUUAUCAAAAUAACAUUCAAAGAUGGCGGACCACUGUGGAAGGGGGAGUAGGUUUUGAGUUAAAAAGGGUCGUGUUUGAAACGACAGUAUUAGUUUAGUGGUUUGUGAAAUGAAAGAAAUGAGAGAUAGCUAGUCCAUUAGGUGUACUUUAUAUGAGAUGACAAGACUUGCUGAUUACUUCUGUGUUGUUGGAGUAGAAGAACAAACAGAGUUAUAUGAUCAGAAGGAACUAAAAGGUUGCGUGAUUCAAAGAUUUCCAGAAAAUGAUUGGAAACACGUGCCAUGUCCCCAAGGUCUUGAACAUUUCUGUUUGCCUGGAGGAUGGAGAGCUAGCAAAAUAAAUAAACCUCCAACAUUUUGCAUUUCCAUCCUUACAGAUAUGGAAGGCAAGCCUAGCUACCUUGCAUGUUUAUCCUUUCAUGAAAUGGCUAAAGAUGAACAAAGCAAUGAUAAUAACUUAGAGAAACCAGCCGAAAUACUUUAUGUACCAAAGUGUAUAUGUUUGAUUUCAAGACAGCGCUAUUAUGAUAUUUUAAAGAACUGUUUAACAACUAUAUUUGUUGCUUAUUUGAACCGUACAUCCACAAAUACAAUUGAAAAGAUGAUUGGAACAGCAAUUGGUUUUGUUCAUGUCCCUCCACCUGGUGGACCAAAACUAACAUUUUCAAUAGGUGGAGGUGACAAUCAAGUUCUCCAACCACCACUAGAUCCAAAUCUUCCAUGUACAAAUGAGUCCGUUGCUAUUUUAUUCAACCAACUAGGAAUAAAUUCCAUGCUACAUGUGUUUACUGCUUUGGUAACAGAAUGCAAAAUAUUACUUCUAUCAGCCAGUUACAAUCAUCUAACAAUGGCUGCUGAAGCAUUGACGGCGUUACUGUAUCCUUUAAAAUUUAAUUAUGUAUUUAUUCCUGUGUUGCCAUCGGGUCUCCUGGAUUUCCUAUCUGCACCAACUCCAUUUUUAAUGGGUGUUCACAUGUCUUAUUCGGAAUAUAUACCUGAGUUGUUUGAUGUCGUAAUUGUAAAUAUAGACGAAGGUUUUGUUACUAUUCCUGAUUCUAUUCGCUUGGCAUCUAUACCUGAACCUUACUAUGAUCAAGUGUUAGAAUCAUUAAAAAUUAUUCUCACUCCAUCUCUGUUUUCAUCUGAUAUUCUGUUUCCUACAAACGAUCCUCCUCCAUCACUUGCCUUACAGGAUAAAGAAAUCCGUGCUGUUUUUAUUAAACUUUUUGCUGAUAUGUUUUGUGGCUAUAGGUCUUGUUUAACAUUAAUUAGAGUGCAUCCGAAACCAGUCAUUUCAUUUAACAAGCUGGCAUUUAUGGAAAAACGUUGCUUUAUUGGUGAUGAUUUUUUCAGCAAGGUUCUAGAUAGUGUUGGUUUCUCUGCGAUGACUCAAACACGCGGCCCACCUUAUCGAGAAGUAGACAUGUUUGAUGAACUUAUAGCAAAUGCAAAGCCUUCUCAAGAGAAGAAAAGUGCUGGAGAACUUGUCCACGAAUUAAUGCCUAUAGUUGACCACUUGUGCCAAAAUGAACCACGGUUUGAUAAUCCUGAAGCGAGUACUUUACCUGUGGCGAAUCCAGAAGUUUUGUUAAAACCGUUAAGACAAUUUCCUUUUCUGAAUGAAAUUGAAAUAAAUAGUUUUUUGACAGCUAAAACCUCACAAGGAAAAAUCUUCACUGCUCCUGUUAUUCAACCACAACAAGUGCCGAUAAACCAGUACGAUCAUCCUGGCAGCCAUUAUAUAAACCAACGAAGAUUAGAAGUAAUUCAAGAUUGUGUCCAGUAUAUUUAUGACAGCAAAAUAUCUGAAGCGAGAAAGGCUUUACCAUCUGUAUUGCGAGCUUUAAAGAGCAAAGGAGCACAGUAUGCGUUGUGUAACGAGCUUGAAUCUAGAGUAAAAUUUGAUAGUGCCAUGUUAGAUCAUGAUCAAUACCAUUUAAUUAUUCGACUGCUUAAUGCAGCACUGCAGGACGAUAAUACAGUGAACAGCACGAAUAUAGCUGUGAAAAUCAUACCAUUAGCAGCUGCUUUUCAUAGGAAACUUGGACCUAGUGCAAUUCAGUUUGCUUAUACCUCGAUUCAAGAACAUGCUGUGUGGAGUAAUAUUCAGUUUUGGGAAGAAGCGUUUUAUUCAGAAGCUCAGAGACAGAUUGUUGAGUUACAUAUUAAAGAAAAGCGUAAAAAAAUGGCUGCUCUUGCAAAAGCAGAAGCGAAAAACAGUAAAGAGUCAAAAGAUACUGUGAAAAAGACACAAUCUGAUGCAGAAGUAGAAGCGAUCAGAAAAGCAGCUGAAAAAACUCUGAGUCCCGAGAAAACUAAUCAUCGCAAUAGUAUGUUGAUAGCUCCCAGUACUCCUUCCUUUCGUAAUCGUACUGCGACUGUUGGGAAUGCACACUCCUCUCCUGAAGGAAAAAAUACUGACACAAAAAACUCGCUUACGAAAGAAAUUCCAGAUGCUAUGAAACUUGCAGCUGAACUUUUAAGUGAAUAUGACUCGAAAACUGAAACAGAGAAACAGACUCUAAUAUACGAAGAAGAAAGUAUAGUUUAUAGCUUGACGAUGUUGUUUGCGCAACGAAUGAUGUUUCUUCGUGUUCCGACGAAUGCUUGUGUGGAAAUGCGCAAGAUACAACAGUUAAAACGACAGCAGUAUGAACGGAGAUUACAGCAGCAACAGCAACAACAACUUUCUGUUCCAGGAGAGAAUUCUGGAACACCCACUGAGGAUACUGUUUCUAUAGCAACAAAACCGUCCAAUAGCAUCAUGAACGACGCAGCCUCCACAUUUAUGGGUGAAAGUGUGAUGGGAGGAAGCAGCAGUGGGUGGGGCAGCCAGCACGAUCUCGCCGAUGGUGCAUUUGAUUUUGGCGAAAGCGUAAAGGACACUACGACCAAGUUUAUUUUAAGAUUUGUGGAACGAGUUUGUAUCGAAGCUGGUGUGACGGCAGCUCAUUUGAAAUCACUGCAGACGAAUAUUCCAAUGUUGGUCGGCAUGCAUAUUGAAUCACUUGAGGAAGUGUACAGAGAAACAAAAGAUGCUCCCACUCAAAAGGCGAAAAUCAUGAAACCUGCGGUUCUUCCUGGUGAAAAAACUCAAUUCGAUGGAUUACGCUGUUACCUGAUUUCAGACGGUCGCGAGUUGGGCGUGCGCACUGAAGAAAACAUCAUACGUCCGAACGACAGUUACGAUGAUGAAAUCAAUGUAGGCGCUGACAAUGGUGGACCGUGCUUGUUUCCAGCUGAGGGAGCCUUGUUUUUAACCAAUUACAGAGUCGUAUUCAAAGGAACACCUAUUGAUCAAUUUGCUUCUGAGAUGACAGUCACCCGUUCAUUUCCGAUUGGAUCGUUAAUUAAAGAAAAGAAAGUGACAGGCACGUUUACCGUUUAUCCUUCUCAAAUUGCAAAUUCGUAUUUACAGUUACGUUCAAGUACUAUGCAGAUGAUGAAGCUUGCUUUCGAUGAAGAAGUGCUACCAGAAACAAUUGACAACUUUAGAAAAUCAUUAGUGAAAUCUCGCUGGCCACAGUCUGUGUACAACACGUUUGCUUUCAAUUACAAGGCACCUCCAGUCUUGCAAAGAACUUUAUCACAAAGACAACAAUCUAUAAGAAAAACACAUAAUACAUUUACAAACGUUGUGAAUUUGAAAAAGAAAGUAGGGCAGGGUUCUGUUAAAAAGAAGUCAGCACUUGCGGAAGAUAAUACCAUACGAAAAUACGAAGCAGUCAGUAAAGAAAAUAUCAAUUCUGACGAUGAGGAUAAGAGUGAUAUGGAACAAGUGUUAUUUGAACAAGAGCAACGCGGACCGGACCGUUUACGCGAAUCAGCUUUAUGCAAGGAUUACGAAAGACUCGGACUAGGAGGAAUUACGAAAAUCUUAUCGUCUCCGUGGAGACUGUCUAUGGCGAACUUUCAUUACUCUGUAUGUAGAAGUUACCCCGCCAUCGUUGUUGUACCGUCUCCUAUCAAAGAUGACGUCCUACUAAAAGUGGCGAAAAAUCACAGACUAAGUCGAUUUCCUGUAGCCGUUUGGCGACAUCGGAAAACAAAGGGAACCCUACUUCGAUCUGGAACUAUUAAUAAAAGUUUAUUAACCGCAGUGUUAAAAACUGGACUGGGUGGACAACAAACGCAAGGCUAUCAUAGUUCGAAUAUAACAGAUGACGAGAAAUUCUUCACCGAGAUUGUGAGUGCAACCCACUUGUACACAUUAAAAGGAAAACAUCAAACUGUUAGCGCGGGUGCCGCUCCAUCGAUGAAAGCCAUGUCGGACGAUUUUGCUAGCCUGUUUGACGGAGCUGAGCAAAGUAGACAUAUAGCUAGUGACAUGGAUGAAGUAAAAAAAUGGGAGCCCGCUCAUUUGUACAUAUUCACCGACAAAGCGUCGUCAAAGGGUACCAAAAUGGAAUCGUCAAACAGGGUUGUGGUGGUUAACGUAGAGAUUCACGAUGUGACACAAGUUAAAGCAAGUUUUUCGAAACUGGUUAAAGUGUGCUGUCCAAGUAGUUCAAACAUUGAGAAAAGUUUCUUUAGUCUCUUCGAAGAGUCAAAAUGGCUAUCACAGAUAUCUUCCUUGCUACAAGUAGCUUGCUCUAUCGUCAACCUCAUUGACAUUCAAGGCUCGUCGUGUUUGGUAUCGUUCGGUGAUGGAUCCGAAGUGACGUCACAGGUUAUAAGUUUAGUCCAGCUUCUGUCUGAUCCUUACUAUCGCACUAUUGAUGGCUUUAAAGUAUUAAUCGAAAAAGAUUGGUUGGCAUUUGGUUAUCGUUUUUCGCACCGUGGUAAUCACGUGUUACCUCAAACGGCUAUUGCACCAUUCUUUUUGCAGUUCUUAGACUGCGUACAUCAGAUCUUGCUGCAGUUCCCACACGCAUUCGAAUUCAACAACUACCUUCUCAAAUUCAUGGCUUAUCACCAGACCUCUAUGAGAUUCAACACGUUCUUUCUUGAUUCUGAACAUGAAAGAUACCAACAUGGUUGGUUCCCAGACUCCGAAGCACCAAAGGAAGACAUCAAAACGAAAACUGCAGAUUUCCAAAACAAAACAAAACAGGGGGCGUUAAACUUUCCGCGCCAGAAGAAGGAUGGUAGCUUAAAAGCCGAGCAACUAGCGCAGCAACAUCAAGAACAAAAGAAAAAAAAAUCUACAAGUGUAUCUUUGUGGGACCACCUAAAAAUGCAAGCUGCCAGAGUUACUCUGUUUCAAAGUUUCAGUUACCAUCCCGAUUUAAACAAGAAUGUUCUUCGACCAUUUUGCAACGUCUCGAACUUGGAAAUAUGGGAUUACUAUACCUCUGAGAAUCUCUACACCGGUCCAAUAUACGAUCUUGAACUGUUCGCGGAUCUGGAAUUGGCUAAUGUUAGCAACGAAGGAGGUGUUACUGCUAAUCCUGAUAUAGACCGCGAAGACUUCCAAACUUGCUUGAAUGGUUGCUAUGGCAACACGCAAGAUAUACCACGUGACGAAGCGACGUAUUUGUUGAACGAGUUAAACAGAUUAAAAGAGGAGCUGGACCAAAAGACGCAACACUGGACUGCGACGUGGGAUGAUUUAAAAAUAAAAGAUGUUUUAAAAAGACAGACACGCAUGCAGUGGCACUUGUAUUGGGAGAAAGAUAGGCGUAUGGCUGUUCAUAAACGUACCACGAUUGAUAUGGUAACCAAGGGAAAAGUCACUGAGAAUAAUCAAGUCAGAAGUGAAUUUGGAUUCGAGUACCCACACACUUUUGUUAAUCAUAGUUAUAUACGCGCGAAUAUAUGCAACUACUGUUUGCAAAGCAUCACGGGCUAUCAUGGCGGUUUGCAGUGUACGCAAUGUGGCUUCAAUGUCCACGAAAAAUGUCAAUCCAUGGUGCCUGCGCAAUGUCCGAAACACAUUAGUUUAAACGACCAACCUGCUCAGCAGUUAUCACUCAGCAAUCAUAGUCUGCCCGGGAUGGAACGAUCGAACCAACGUAAUUUUAAAGGAACGUUGUAUAAACGAGGCCAUCUAUUACGUCAAUGGAAGGCGCGUUGGUUUGUUCUCGAUGCGCAAAGAAACCAUUUAACUUAUUACGACUCCGAAGAAGAUACGCAAUUACAAGGCUACAUCGACCUGGGUGAGCUAAGGGCGUGUCGAAUGGUCAAUCCGCCGCCACAUGCGCCCAAAUGGGCGGACCGCCGUUCUUUUUUCGAGCUGGAAACGACGAAACGAUGUUACUAUUUACUUGCUCCGAAAUCCGACACGGCGAGCGAAUGGCUGGAACGGCUUAACGCAUUAAACGCCUGAGAAAAAAUAUCAGAUUGUACACAUAUAUCCAAAUAUAUAUUUAUUCGCUAUAACACACUUUAAGGCGACCGGCUGGACGCCGCGUUGAUUAAUCUUCAUCGGAAGUAGAUUACGACAAUAACGUCUGCAAUUAAGCCGACAACGCCAAAUGUCGGUGAGGCUGACACUUUUAAAUAUAUCGAAUGCUUUUUUAUUUAUGUAAUAUUAAGAAGUUUUAUUUGUAACAUGGGUGAAUGAGGCUGUUGUUUUUAAUUCAAUACGUGAGUUAAUAAAAUAUAUGCUCUUUUACCUUCAAAGUGUAUUUAUGAUCUGUGAAGGAGAUAAAAUUAACAUUUAUUAUUAUUAUUAAUAUGAAUAUGUAAAUCAUUUUUGUAGAGCUGUGGAAAUAUUUUUCUAGGAGUAGUUGAUUUUUCUAGUUAUGCUAUAUUUAAAAAAUCUCAUUUUUGGGGGGUAAAAUUCUUAAGUGUUUCUUCAAUAAAUUCUUAUAACCAACACGCCACCAACAAAGUCGAUAUUUGUUAAUGUUGCAAUCUCGUUGUCUUGAAAAUGGUAGAUCGAGUUAAAAUAUUUUUUUUUAAUAUUCAACAUUGAAGUUUUUAUCAAAUUCCGUAGUCAUUGUAUGUCUGGAAAAAGUGAAAAUUUGUUUUG